AUGUCCAUCACUAUCGUCGUCGCGACGCUGUCACCCAUUUGUGGAUUCGCCAUCUUGAUUGCUUAUAUCAUCUUUAUGCGCAUGCGGGAUACUCGACGAUUUUCGGAACAGCACGUCGCGGAAAGCACAGCCGUGUAUCCAAGUCGACCUAGGGGAUCACAAGCGAUGUACGGGUGGACCGUGGUCGAGGAGAAUGGUGUAAUUGUGCUCUUCUUUCGACAGAUUGGAGAGUGUGCUGGUCCGCCUGUGCCGGUAAUACGUGACAUCUUCUUGGAACGAGCUAAACAGCGCAAAUCACUUUGUUCGCUGCAGCCACUUGCGUUUGUGCCGAGUCCUGGUGAGAUUACGACAUGCGUUCAGAUGCCGAGUCGAUAUUGGGUGUCCAAUCCUUGUGCUUCGGAGAUUUUACUGGGGACAUGUUCUGUUACCGACAAGGAUGUCACACUUUGCGUGCAAACUGAGCCGCCGCCCAAGAGGAAGAGGGUGUGGUAG